CGAUCGCCAACGAAACACGACAGGGAGGUCACUAACACUGAGCAAGCAAGCAAAGAUCUUGCCGAACCUUUGCUUGGAGAAGACGUUCGAUUUAAUUCAUCAAUUUCUUCGAAGAGCGGCAAGGCGGAGAAUCAAUCAUGAGCUGCCGGUUGCUGCUGGUUUGUCUGUUUGCCCUGGUGGCGGUGGCGUUUGCCGGUGAAGCCGACGUGCUGGAUCUGACCGAUAGCGAUUUUUCGACCCGCGUUGCGGAGACGGAAACCACCCUUGUGAUGUUCUACGCACCAUGGUGCGGACACUGCAAAAAGCUCAAGCCCGAGUAUGCCAAGGCAGCGGAGCUGCUACGUGGCGAAGAUCCUCCGAUCGCGCUGGCCAAGGUCGACUGUACCGAGGGUGGUAAGGACACGUGUAACAAGUUCAGCGUUAGCGGCUAUCCCACCCUGAAGGUGUUCAAGAACGGCGAGGUGUCACAGGAGUACAACGGCCCGCGCGAAGCGACCGGCAUUGCCAAGUACAUGAAAUCGAUCGUCGGACCGGCCUCGAAGGAUCUGCUGACGGUGGAAGCGUUCGAAGCGUUCCUGAAGGUGCAGGAAACGUCCGUGGUCGGGUUCUUCCAGAAGGAGUCGGAGCUGAAGGGUGUCUUCCUGAAGUACGCGGACAGCCAGCGCGAGCGGCUACGCUUCGGUCACAGCAGUGCGCCGGCCGUACUGGAGAAGCAGGGUGAAACCGAUGCCGUAUUCCUGUUCCGUGCCCGCCAGCUGGCCAACAAGUUUGAGCCGGACUUUGUCAAGUUCGAGGGAACCACCAAGCAGGAGCUGGCCGACUUCGUGAAGGCCAACUUCCACGGACUGGCCGGAGUGCGUUCGCGCGACACUACGAGCGACUUCAAGAACCCGUUGGUGGUCGUGUACUACGCGGUGGACUACGUGAAGAACCCGAAGGGUACCAACUACUGGCGCAACCGUGUGCUGAAGGUGGCGAAGGAGUUCGUCGGACGCGUCAACUUUGCCGUGAGCGCCAAGGAUGACUUCCAGCACGAGCUGAACGAGUACGGGUACGAUUACACCGGUGACAAGCCGCUGGUGCUGGCCCGCGACGCCAAGAACCAGAAGUUCAUCAUGAAGGACGAAUUCUCGGUGGAGAAUCUGCAGGCGUUCGCGACCGAGCUGGAGGAGGGCUCGCUGGAACCGUACGUCAAGUCGGAACCGGUGCCGGAAAGCAACGACGGACCGGUGAAGGUUGCCGUGGCCAAGAACUUUGACGAGGUGGUCGUGAACAACGGUGUCGACACGCUGGUCGAGUUCUACGCACCGUGGUGCGGACACUGCAAGAAGCUCACCCCGACGCUGGAAGAGCUGGGCACCAAGCUGAAGGAUGAGGCCGUUUCGAUCGUGAAGAUGGAUGCCACCGCCAACGAUGUGCCGCCCCAGUUUGAGGUGCGCGGCUUCCCGACCCUCUACUGGUUGCCGAAGGACGCCAAGAGCUCCCCGGCCCGCUACGAGGGUGGCCGCGAGGUGGAUGACUUCGUGAAGUACAUUGCCAAGCACGCGACGAGCGAGCUGAAGGGUUUCGACCGUGCCGGCGGCGCGAAGAAGACCGAGCUGUAAUCUCCUUACCUCUUCAUCCUGCCCCCCUUCAUUUCCCUACCGGCAGCCAUCGUACGUGUACGUGGUGGUGUAGGCAUUCCAAAAGGCUGCUUAGGUGCAAUGCCGUUUCUUCAGAUCUGUCAGCCCUCCAUCUCCUCCGGUGCACUUUACCGUUCAGUCUUAGGAGGAGGGAUGUCAUUUUCAUUUUCCCUUUAAAAUGUGUGGCUAGCCACCCAGAACAACCAGAAAUGUAAGAUUACGAAAGCAAGAGAGAGAGAUGGAACGCACCUGCGAUACAAAAGAACAAAACCGAAGGUCGUCCUCUUUGACCCUGAUGGCAUCUUCUAGCUCUUAGCCACCGUGCUUAUCGAAUACUAGGGUGCUUUGACGGUUGCCCCUAUCAACAGAGCGCGAACCACAUGCAUGCACAUGGGCAGGCCGCGAAUGCGGGGACGAACUGCAUUUAAUAGAACAAAAAUCUGUUUUCUAGAUUUAUUUUUUGUCUCGGGUGACGGCGUCGCUUGAGGGAGAAAGGGGGGACCGACCGAUAAGAUAAGUCGUCCUAUCGCUGAACGUGUAAACCUUAGCUUGUUGUGCGGUCCAUACAAAGAACGCGAGGAGGAACAUGCUUUCUCUUUUGUACGCACUACUUUUUCCACGUCCUUUCUUACUUUCUUCGAAUCAUUGCGUAUUGUAAAAGAGCAUUUUUUUUUUAAAUAAACGAAAGUGAAAAUGAUCUAUUAACAUUAAA